UCCUCUCUUACAACCCGACGCCCUAUCUUCACUCCACCACGUCCUGUUCGAGCGACUCAAUUCAAGAUGUUCAAGGCUACUAGAGUCAUGGCUAUGCAGCCCACUCGCAUGAUGUUCAUGCGCCAGAGCCCGCAGCUGUAUAUGAGGCAGACUGCGCGGAUGAUGAGGCCGGUGCCGAAAGAGGAGCAAGGCGCUCAUACGAUUUCUCAACGUCUGCGCACGCUCAAGAAGAUCCCCGCUGAGUUGAUCCCGCUCGGUGUCGUCCUUUCCAUCGCCAUCAUCUUCGCCGCUUUUUCGAUGGCCCGGAAACUCAUGACGGACAAGACGCUGCGUCUGAAGAGGCAGGCUGGAAGGGAGUAGAUUGCCUUGCUGGAAGGUAGUCUAACAAAUGCAUGAAUGGUGGGGAUGGUGUCCAGCUUGGAGGAGCUGUGUGUAUAAAUUGCAUGGGAGGGUCUCUUGUUGAGUUCUAGAGAACCAAUAGCAGAAGCAUCUCAUAUGUGUGUACAAGAUUGCUUGCAUCACAGCUUUUGAAAUGGGAGAGGUCGAGGUCGAACCAUGCCAUUUUCCGUUGAGCCGAGCGCCUGCAAAUGCUUUGGAGCCGCACGAGAAAUGCAGUGGGGAUAGCCAAAUAAACGCUGAGACAGCCAUAAGGCGAGCGUUGCCACUAUCUCUUGAAAGGAAACCGAAAAGAAAU